GUGGUCUCCAGCUGUGCGUCCAACCUUGGACGCUGUGGCACUGGGCUGCAACAUUUGUACCGCCAUCUGUCUCUGCCUAGUCAAGAUCUCCAUGACAUCUCAGUUUUAUGCAGUUAUGUCCAUCUUCAAAAGCUGGAGCUGCCACACAACAAAGUUAAAGAUUUAUCCUGUGUGAGCCACAUGCCCUACCUCGCCAUCCUGGAUGCCUCUCACAACGAAAUCUCCAGCUUCUUUGGAUUCCAGCCACCCAAGAACCUAAAAGAGGUCAAUUUCUCUCACAACUGUAUGACGAAAAUGAAGGAUUUGUCAGCCUAUUCAUCCCUUAGUUACCUGGAUCUGGGCUACAACAGCCUCAGUGAGAUCAGUGGUCUCGAGCAAUGUUGCAAGCUCACCCAUCUCAGCCUGGCACACAACAAGAUCUCGAGGAUCAGCGGCCUGGAUAGCCUGCCUCUCACACACCUCUGCCUUAGGGGGAACCAGCUGGAGAGGAUUGAGGGGUUGGAGAAUCUGAAGAAUCUGCAGGUUCUGGACUUGUCUCUGAACCGCAUCACCAGUCUGUCUGGCCUCCAGAAUCUACACCUACUGGGCUCCAUCAACCUGGAGAAAAACCUGAUUAGUGAAAUACAGGAGUGCAAACACAUCCAUGAUCUUGUCCUAUUGAGGGACCUGAACCUGCUUGGCAACCCUGUACAGGAGCAGCCCAAUUACAGACUGGCAGUCAUUUUCCUCCUUCAACAUCUAACUGUGCUGGACCAAGUUAAAGUCACCGCAGAAGAAAAGGUGUCAUCAGUAAACAAGUAUGACCCUCCUUUGGAUGUGAUGGCAGCCAGGGAUCACAUGACCAACUUGGUGUAUCAGCUGAUGCAGCCCCAGGUGCUCUAUGACAGCACUAUGCCCAGUGCAGACUCUCCAUAUCCCAUGCUGGUUCUCACUGGUCCUCAAGGCUGUGGGAAGAAAGAGCUGGCUCACAGACUGUGUCGGGAGUUGAACGAAUACUUUGCCUACGGAGUGUGUCACACCACUAGGGGGCCCUACUCCGGAGAGGAAGAUGGAGUUGAUUACCAUUUUGUCAGUGAGGAAGACUUCCAGAACAUGAUUCACAUGGGUAAGUUUAUCCAGACCGCGCAGUACGGGGAUCACAGCUACGGCCUGACCAGAGAUGCCAUAGAGGAUGUAGCCAGAGAAGGACUCGCCUGCUGUGUGCAUAUGGAGCUAGAGGGUGUGUUCAGUCUGAAGAACAGCUACUUUGAGCCUCGCUACAUCCUGCUCUUCCCCACCCAGGUUGAAAAGUACAGGGGCCACCUGAAAAGCAGUGGCCUCUAUACGCAAGCACAGAUCGACAUGGAGAUAUCACGUAUAGAGCUCUACGCCAAUACCAACAGGCAGCGACCGGGUUUCUUUGAUAAUGUUAUCCCCAGUGAUGACUUGGAAGAAGCCUAUCAGACACUGCAGCAGGUAGUGAAGGAGUACCUGUUGCUAGAGGAGCAGGAAGAAGGAGAGGACAACAACAGAGGUUCCCCUGACAACACGUCCACAGGUCACGAGCCAGAGGAGAGGCCACCCUCGCCACCCCUGUCGAGGUCAGGAUCAGGUUCACUCAUGUCACACUCUGCCACAGCCCUCGACCCCUCUGAUCCAUCUUACAGAAACUACCUUACCAAGAUCCAGGCACAGCUCAGCCCUCAGAAGAGCCCCGCUGAGCUAGCUUCCAUCAGGAGGCGUGAGCAGCUGGUCAGAGAGGCUUUAGUGGGGAAGAGUCCAGGGGUCUACAGCCAGCUCUUCAAAAGCUCUGCACAAACAGCACCGUCAUCUCUGCAGAAUCCUGAUGCUCAUUUAAGUGACGACAGCAGCUCGGAUGUGUCUCGUGCCAGUUCAGCUCUAACUGUGCCAAGUUCAGCCGGGGGCUUGUCUGGUUCAGUGGAGCCGCUAGAUGUGUCCGUCCUGGGACACACCUUGGAACCACUCAAAGACCAAAAUCCUGAGAUCAUCUGUCCGGGCACAGGUCAGCCAGAUGUUGCCAUGUCGUCAUCCUCUGAUAGACGUCCUGGAUCCAGCGUCAAGCCCAUCCUGCCACCAAUCCCCACCGGGCGCAAGACCCCCGCAUCAGCCAGUCCGGCUCCGUCACCCAGACCCAGCUCAAACACAGCAGUCGGUGAAGCAUGAGAUGUAGACAGGAAGGGAUAGCCUUUAAGGUUUUAGGGCUUCUGACAUCUAACAAAGUAAAAGUAAAUGACUUUUAAAGAAUUCGACAUAGAAUUAGAGUGAGAGUAGAAUGGACAUUUUCAUUCAAGUCAACGUAGCAAGAUGGUCACAGUGGUGGCCAUUUUUGUGUUAACUGCUGCCAGUGCAACUUCUGUAGAGUGCUAACUUCCAUAUAAACUUCUGAUCAGUAAGGAACUCACUGAGGUGACGUUUUGCAGUGGAGUAAUAUGUAUUUAAAUAAGCAGUCUGUUACUUUUCCCAUAAAAUAUUCCCAUAAUUUAUCAUUGUUUCUUUUAAUAGCAUGUAAUGUUUGUUUGCAUGUAAACUGAAAACUGUAGCUGCCUCCGAAGAACGAGCGAGAGCUGCUCUUCAGCCAACAGCUGAUAGACAGAAAGCAGCAAGAUGAAGAUGAAAGAUGCAAAUCAGCAUAUUUCACAACUAACUAACUAACUAACUAGCGGUUUGUUGGAACAAAGGACUAACUAACUAAAUGACUGACAAGGAUAACUCAAACUAAUUUUGUUUAAGUCAAGUUUGAAUGUAGUGUGCUCUGCCAUGAAUUAACAAGACAGUUACGCUAACGUUAGCUCAGUGAAAGGGAGUAACUUGGAUUGGUGUACGGUUGAAUUUUUCUCUUUAAUAAGACAAAAAGUCAGUCCCUCCAAGAUUUUGCAGGCUGUUUUGGGGAUUGUUGCAGCCAGAAAUGUAUGAUUUCACAACAGCUUUUCUAAAAAGAAUUUGAUCAAUGUUGUAAUGUUAUAGGUGUUUCUUUGCAAUGAAAUUGUAAGGGCAACUGAAAAUUGCAAAAAUAGUUGUGAUGCUGUCAAGGC